AUGUCUGGACAAAUACCACUGAUGAUACGACAGGUUUCCGGCGGUGGGACCGGUGCUGAUCCUGCGCCGCACUCCGCAUUUGGGCUCUCCACGGCAUUGGGCACUUUUUUGGGCGCAUUGGUGCUUGUGUGGGCCGUCUACAAGUGCAUCGACGCCUCUCUUCUUCGCUUUCUCGUGGUGCCUCCACACAACUACCGGGACGCGAUCGCACGCAGCCUCGAAAAAGGGGCGAUUCCAGAGUCCGUCGUGGGCAUCAAACACAGCUCUUUCCGUAGAAGACUGGUUCUGGCUGCCCAGAAGCCGCAACUAUACUCCACCAUGAAACUCAACAGAGACUCUGUGUCGACGUCAAAAUUGCGUCUGGCCAGAGUCGACAAAGACGAUCCCGACUUCGUUGACCGUCUGCGUCCUGCCGACCCAAAUUCAAAACGCCGACUCGUCUUUGGCUACUUCCACCCCUACAGCGACGCCAAUGGCGGCGGCGAGCGAGUCCUCUGGGAGGCAGUGUACUAUACGCUAAAACAGUCAGAACAGAAUCUGGUCGCCAUAUACACGUUCACGGCGUCGGACGAUGUGUGUGUGAGCUCAAUUUUGCAAUCUGUGCGCUCAACGUUCGGAAUUGAUUUAUUUGCAGACGGCCUCAAUGACCGUAUAAUUUUUAUUCAGCUCAACAACAGGUAUAAAUGGCUUAUUGAUGGUGGGUCCUGGAAACACUUCACAAUUAUUGGCCAGGCGUUGGGUUCUAUUUUUGUGUGUUUCAGCAGUUUGACAAAACUCGUGCCCGAUGUGUUCAUCGACACCCAGGGCCUGCCCUUCUGCUAUCCGCUGGUGGCUCUCUUGCGUAUUCCCGUGGUCGCGUACGUGCACUAUCCGCUAAUCUCGACUGACAUGCUGAACAAGCUGAGCUCGAAAAGUGUCUACAACCUGCUCAAGUACGUCUAUUGGACCCUGAUGAUGAAACUGUACCAGUUGGCUGCCAAUUUUAUUGACUGCACCCUGUGCAACUCGACAUGGACCUGCAACCAUAUCCGCGCCAUUUGGGGCAGCAGCGCAAAAACGAGCCCUCAGAUCCUUUAUCCACCCACCGGCAUUGAAGGGUCCAAGAUCGCUGAUCCACUGGGGGAAAAAGACCGUGUUUUGUUGUACCUGGCGCAGUUCCGGCCAGAGAAAAGACACAGGCUCUUGCUAAAGGAGUUUGCAAGUUAUGCAAAACACAGCGCUGCGCCGUUUAAGUUGGCGUUGGUCGGAUCAACAAGGUCCAAACAGGACGAGGAGACGGUGCGAGAGCUGAAGUCGUUGGCAGAGCAGCUUGAAAUCUCCUCGCUGGUUGCUUUUGAGGUGAACGCUCCUCGCAAAACCGUCGACGAGUACCUGUCGCGGGCCGCAUAUGGACUCAAUGUAAUGUGGAACGAGCAUUUUGGUAUCUCUGUCGUCGAGUACAUGCUCAACGGCGCCAUUCCUAUAGUUCACGCCAGUGCUGGUCCACUGCUGGACAUUGUGCUGCCUGUUGCAAAAGACGAGGUUGUGGCACCUGAAACCAAGCAUGCGACGCCGUCGGGCUUCUUUUUCGCUGACUCAUCGGAUCCUGACUACAAGGGAUUGUAUCCGUCUUUAAAUGAAGUGCUCCUCAAGGCUGACCGUUUAGAUAAGGACGAGGCAAUCGCUGUUCGCAAAGCAGGCCAGCUGGUGGCACAGAAAAAAUUCGGAAAGGAGGUAUUUGGUCGUGAAUGGACCCAGGUGGUGGCGCUGGCCAAGAAAAUUGAGCUUGAGAAACGCCAGACCAGAAACAAGGUGGAGAUGGUGUACUGA